AUGCUGCCGCGAGGCUUAUUGCGCAUGCGCACACUUGUUGUUUUCCCAAGGAAGAAAAAUGGCAGCCGAACGGGGGGCAUCGUUUGCUGGCUCCGGAGACCCGAGCCCGGAGGAGAUGAAUGGGAUGGCACAGCUGCUGGCAUGGUUCUUGAUCAAGCACAAGUUUUAUAACCGCCAGCGAUACACCAAGUGGCACACCGCUUUCUACGCCGUGUGUGAGUCCGUCUCUGGGGUAAUGACGAGUGAGACGUACCACCUCCUGACGCUGGCGUCGCUCCUCGUGAAGGUACACUCGGACCAGGAGACGACGCGGGUGUCCCUGAAGAGAAUUGUGACACUCCUGGAGCGGGCCAUCCUCUUCCCAGAGCUAGCUGAGCUCAGGGGCGCACUGCAGGUCCUUCUGGACGAGGCCAAAUGCCAGGCUGUGCUGCAGUGCUGUCCUGCUGACUCCCCUGCCAAUAAGGAUGGAUGGACACUGUUAGAUGAGUAUUUCGGCUCCAAGCAGGACUCCAUUGAUUCCGAGGUUGGUCAGGAACUCAACCGACUGCUGAACGGAUCAGAGAACAAGUCCAACGCUGCAGACAUGGACAGGUUUUUAGCAAAGCACAGUCUGUCGCAGUUCACAGAGGUCCUGAGGGAAUUUCUCACUUCUGCCGUCACCCACCUUUCUUCUUAUCGCGUCUACAAUAAUUUUCACGACCAUAUAAAGAUCGACUGUAGUAACCAUCCCAAAGUCACUGCUGUGAUAAAUGGAAGAGUUGUUCAGAGUGGGCAACAGAAACCGGCAGACGAGGAGGAAGGGGGGAGAGAAGAGGUGGAGACCGAUGGAGAUAGAGAUGGUGACAGAGUGGGCGAGGAGGUGCAAGGUGUUGUGCAGGAGACACAAGAAGGGAGAAAAGGUUGGGAGGGAGGGGAGAGGGAAGGGGAGGGGGACGAUGAGGAGGAGGAGGAGGAUGACGAGCAGGAAGGAGAAGAAUAUAGUGGGAGCGAGGAGGAGUUAAUUGAUCACAAAAAUGAAGAGGAGUUGGAAGAUGACUCAGAUUUUGCGUAUAUGACUCCCUCAAAGAGACCAAGGGGACAGGAAAUUAAUUGGGAAUCCAGCAGUGAUCUAACAGAUGUGACCACACCCCCCAGCCGUUUGCCUGAGAGAGACCCGAGAGGGCUUGUCAUUAGAAGCAGGAACUCCCUCAUGAACAGUUCUCCGUUGAAAAACGUCUGGAGUGUCCAGGAAACAGAACAGCUGCUGAAGGGGGUCAAGCAGUUCGGUGUGGGGAAGUGGAAAAGGAUUCUGGACCAUUUCGACUUUGCUCCGCACAGAACCUCUGUAAGUCUGAAGGACAAGUGGCGAAACCUCCAAGGGCGGAAAAAGUAGACUGCUGCUUUUGAACUCCCCCAUACUUGAGCUGCUUUUCAUUAUAAUAUAUACUCUGACUGUCAUCAUAAUAUUAACCCUCGGCGCGCAUGACGGUUUGCACUUGUCAUUAUAAUAAUUAUGUAUCACAGUUGUUCUCUUUAUUUACUCAAUUUAUAUAGCAUCACAUCGCACCAUUGUUGAUUUUGCUUGUCAUACUCUUAAUCAGUGUCAGACGGAAAAUAUUGUUAAAACUUUUCAUGUAACUUCUACA